AACCCACUUGGGGAGAAGAGAAACAUCCGCCCCCCCGCCCCGAAUCCCCUCGGUCCGGAGCCGCAGUCGGCUCCCCCCAGUCACAGGGGCCCCAGGGCACGUUGCCCGUAGCGCCGCCUGCCCUGCCCACCUCCCCCCGUGCACCCCCCUUCGUGGGCGAGCGGUGCCUGGCAGCGACUGCCCCCUUGGUGCAGCGGGUGCCCUUCAGCCAGCGGCUCACCCCAGCCGGGGUCCUGAUCCUGGGACGCUGCAGGCUCCUGUAAUGUCCUGUCCUGGGGCUUGAGGUGUCCCGCAGCUCCAGGGGCUUGGCAGGGCCUGCGGGUGCCCAGGUUCCCGUCACGGGGUGUGACCGUACCGCGUUGCUGGGGCGCUGCCAUCAGCCAGCCCUGACCCACGCUGGGACCCCGCGUGGAGCCGCCUGUCAGUGUGGGGGCGACUCUCCCAACAGCCGCAAAGGCAGCAGAGUUGCAGGUGGUGGCGCUGCUGCGCGUGUGCGCUCUGUGCCACCGGGGACGGCAUUGCCAACUCUGGGCGUGCGUGUUCCCUGCGCUCCUGCCCCUCGGCAGUACAGCGGGCGACAGCCCAGCAGCUAAUCACUCCGGGGCUAAAUUCAUUCUCUCUUCUGUAGCGCACACAAGCAUGCCAGGCGCUGCACAGAAAACGGGCAACCGGUUCCUGGGCUGAAGAGCGGCCCAGCUGAGGCGCUGAGCCAGGACUGGGGUCAGCAUUGCAGACCCUUGUGGGGAAAGAGCAAUUAACUGAUCCCCGUUAGAAUAAGAAGCUCACACUCCACUGAGUGUCAGAGUCCAGCUCUUGCUUAUCUGGGUGGAAAAUCACUGUCGGCUUUGUACAGUGUGAGGGAAGGAAUGUGUGUUCAGCCGGAGCAGCGCUGCUGAAACUUUCCAACACUCCCCCUCUUGGCUGAGCUCGGGCGUGGAGACCCCAAGGAAAUCACGUGGCGCCAUGGUGGACUAUCGGAUCCGCGAGUACAGAGACGAGGACUACGAGGCGGUGCGCGAGAUGUUUGCCACUGGGAUGAGCGAGUAUGUCCCCGCCCUGUGUGUGCACGUGCUAAAGCAGCCCUGGGUGAUCCUGGUACUGGCCUGCACCUUCUGUGUCCUGCUCACCAGCUCCAAGUCCCUCCUGCUGCCCAUCCUGGCCAUCACACUGCUGCUGGCUAUGGGGCGGCAGCUGCUCGGCUACUUCUGGACCAUGUACAUCGAGCACUGCUUAAAGGAGGACCUGCUGGACAUCAGGACGACCUACAUGGGCAGCAAGGGCUCCUGCUUCUGGGUGGCAGAAGCGGAUGAGUGUGUGGUGGGCACCGUGGCUGCCAGGCCGUCUGACCAUCAGAAGGGGGAGCUGAUGCUGAAGCGGAUGUCGGUGCGGAAGGACUACCGGGGGCUGGGCAUCGCCAAGGCACUGUGCCAGGCGGUGAUCUGCUUCGCCCAGCAGCAGGGCUGCAGCGCCGUGGUGCUGAACACCCUGAUGGUGCAGGACGAGGCCCGCCUGAUGUACGAGCGCGUGGGCUUUGAGAAGUACCGUGACGACGUGCUGCCAACCGUCUACGGGAGACUGGCCAACGUCACCAUCUCCAAGUACAGGUACGGCGUCCCCCAGAGGAGCUGACGUGGUAGCAGACUCCUCCUCUUCCCUUGCCCCGGAGCAUACAGGGCGCAGAGGGUGAGAUGCAGCUGGCUGGUCACCUUGCGAAGCGCUGGCCUGAACGAAGUGGUGUCUCGCUCUUACUGUCCUAUGCUACCGAUGUCUGAUUGCUCUGUGCAGUGGGGAAGAGCCAACCGGAUCCGCUUUGGGCCUGUUGCCUGGCCGCCUUCUUGAGGCUCAGACUGUGUGUUUUCCAGGGAGCUGGCCUGACGGACCCCACUGACAUUGUCCCGCUGCCCCCAACCUUGUCUGCGUCAAGGGCUGGGAGCUGGGUGGCUGGAGCUGGGCCAGGUGCAUUUGAGGCCUUUUCAGUAUAUUGCCUUGAUGCAGCAGCUCAGACGGUUCCUCAGGUUGAGCGUGGUGGGCUCUGUGUAGUUCUGCGUGCACAGGAAACUCGGUGGGGAGGUUUCCAUGCCCAUCACAGGGAUGGGAUGAGACUGCGGGGUGGGUCGUGGUGAGAUGCUGGUAAAUCAGUGGUUCAAACCCAGGUCACAUGCGUGAAUUCAAUGUCAUUCCCACGUGCGUUGCAUUCUUUCAGUGGCCUUUGAAGAGAGUGAGUGGUCUCAGGGUGGCGGUGGGAUAUCUGGCCCCAUUACACCUGGAUCUAACUGGAUGGGGUGUCGUUGUCAGCGUCAGAAGCGCUAGACUGAGUGGACCGUGGGGACUGAAGUCCCCUCCUGUUUGGAGGAACCUCUUUGUAAGCAAAACCUGUCUCCAUCCCUGUCCAUCCAGCCCUUCUUCCCAGCAUCUAGAAAUCUGAACAGGCACUUGUGUCGUUCUCCCCAGCAGGCUGCCUGCGGGCUGGUGUCCCUCCGUCCGUCACUCAGCUGAGCAUGCUGCUCUGGGAGCCCCAGCUCUGGGCCAGUGCUGCAUUGCGGUGCUGUUGGUGUUGUGGAACUUUGGUGAAUAAAGAAAUUGCUAGAUCGC